AUGGAAGUUUUCAUGCGAGGCCUACCACUGGACUUGACAGACCAAGGGCUUCGGACCCAUCUAGCGCCCCUGGUGAAGGCACUGUACAUCAAGGACUGGUCCUGCCAGAAACCACGCAAGAAGACAUUCGGAAGUGUCACCUUCCUGCUGUAUACGGAUGGCCAAAAAUUUCUACAGGGACAUGGAGAGCAGGCUAUGCCUCCUGGGAUGUUCUCUAAGUACCAAUCUAAAGCUCGUUUGAUGAUCCUGGGCAAACACGUCUAUUGCAGCCUCAGCAAGAAGUCUCCCGACCCUUUCCUCUUGAAGUGCUUAACGAAGUCAGCAGAGGAUCGACGAGCAGGCAGCGAGCUUCCUCCCUCAGCUGAUCAAGAUGACAAGAUCGUCUUUCGCACGCAAGCGUUCUCGUGCGGGAUAUACCAGUAUGUGGACAGCCAGUUGGUUUACUCUCCGGAGGUGGAAUGGAAAUUUGCAGCCGGAACAGCCAAGUUCGUUAAGAAGGCUUUGAUCCUUGAAUACGAAGAUGAGUUCGGCCGCACGAGGGUUGAGAUACCAUAUCGAACAGUGGAGAGCAUCGUAGCCACCUCACGACCUGCUGCGCUCGUAUUGACCCUAUGGGAAACACCUCGACUCUUCGGUACAAAUGAGCCGGAUCUGGCGGAUCUAAUGGCUGCACUACUGCUACAGAAAAACACAAACACUAAGCGACGGCUUACAGGACUCCCAAGCCACAGUUCAUCGCAUCAUAAAGUUGUUGGCCAAGCGUUGGUGUACCGCAUCUGCGUUUCUCCAGUUGACUUCUACACACUGUCAAAUCUGUUGAUCCAGCGCGAAGUCCUCAGCGUCAUCCGACAUGAUCUCACUGUAUUGCCGUCGCAUGCACAUCUCAGCCUGAAGAAAGGUAUGGAGCUCCUGAAUCAGACCAUCCAAGAAACGAGCCGCGCGGUCCCCUUCGCGGUUAUGUUUCAGCUAGAAGCUUUGGCAAGAAACGCGUUCUUGCCUCCUUGGACUGUUCAGAGUCUAUUGUGGAAGAUCAACACGCGGCUCGAGGAGUCCCUCGAUCCGGAUAUGAAAUAUUCUCUAGAGAAACCCCUCGUUUCAGCAGAGGCUGUUCGAAAGCUACUUUCCCAAAUACCUUUCCCGGGCAUCGAUAUCGAUGCUUCGGUGUUCGACCCCGAGAAGAUCUGGGAUUACCUUGAACAGAACGAACAAGAAAUACAGAGUGGUUGUCACAAAGAUCUCAUAACCGAAAGGGGGCGGGAAAACCUCACCAUGGUCCACAAGAUCACCGUUACGCCCACAGGUAUCACGCUCCAUGGCCCUGAUCCCGAAGCCAGGAAUCGUAUCCUGCGGCGUUUUCCGGAUCACACUGAAUACUUUUUGCGCGUUCAAUUCUGUGAUGAAGACGGCACCGGUCUACAGUUCAAUUCAAGAGUCUCCAAUGAAGAGAUCUAUGAAAAGUUCAAACAAAUCAUGAUCAAUGGGAUUGCGAUCUGCGGUAGGGUGUAUGGAUUCUUGGGUUACUCUCACUCAUCCUUGCGAAGCCAUUCGGCCUGGUUCAUGGCUCCAUUCUGGCACAAAGACCGCUUAGAGACUUAUUUCACGGUCAUACCGACGCUAGGCAAAUUCGGUGACAUUUAUUCACCAGCUCGCUGCGCAGCUCGCAUUGGCCAAGCAUUUUCGGAGACUCCAUUCGCAAUCUCGCUGGAUUAUCACGGCGUACGACAUGCCACGAUGCCAGACAUUACGACGGGAGAUGGGCAGCAUAUGUUCAGCGAUGGUGUGGGGACGCUUUCUCGUGCAGCUGUCGAAGCCAUCCGAGAUUCGAUUCCUCAGAAGAAGGGUGCUGCUACCUGCUUUCAGAUCCGGUGGGGUGGAGCUAAAGGCAUGCUCGCACUAGAUGAUCGCCUCGAAGGUACCACGAUGAAUGUUCGAGAUUCGAUGGUCAAGUUUGAGAGUGCCGAUAUCGAAAAUCUGGAAAUUUGCGAUGCUGCAAACAAGCCCAUUCCGCUGGUCUUGAACCGACAGAUGGUCAAAAUUCUCGAAGAUAUGCGUUUGCCGGCUAAUUGGUUCUUAGAACAGCAAGCCACUGCAUUACGCAAGCUACAGUUCGUUACAGCGCACAUCGCAAAUACCGCGGGUUUCCUCAAGCGUCAAGGCGUCGCCGAUCGUAUUGGUUUCCCACAACUGAUCAGGCGCUUAGAAUCCGACGGUAUCGACUAUAGAAGAGAUCAAUUCAUGCGCUCAGUUGUAGAGACGGCUGUACUUCGUGAGCUGCGCCUCAUGAAGUAUAAAGCGCGUAUUCCCAUUGAGCAAGGCGUUACACUAUUCGGGAUCAUGGAUGAAACAGAAUAUCUAGAGGAGGGUGAAGUUUUCGUUGUGUUUGACCAUGCAUCUUUCAUUGGCUCCCACACACUGGAUCUGGACAACCGCCAAAUGCUCAUCACUAGGUCACCAGCACUGCAUCCAGGCGAUAUCCAGGUUGCGACCAACAUCAUCCCCCCGGAACAUCACCCACUGAGGGCUUUGAGAAAUUGCAUCGUAUUCUCUCAAAAAGGAGCACGAGAUCUGCCAAGUUGUUUGAGUGGAGGAGACCUCGAUGGUGAUACGUACAGUGUGAUAUGGGAUAAAGUAGCGGUGUCCGGGUGUCAGUGCAUCUACACGCCUGCCAAAUAUCCUCGCACUGCCCCUCUGAACAUCGGACGCACUGUAGAGAAGAAAGACAUGACCGACUUCUUCAUUCAAUUUAUGGCCACAGAUCAGCUCGGGCUCAUUGCGACUAGGCAUAUGAUCUUGGCAGAUCAACGGCCUGCCGGCACAGCUGAUCCAGAUUGUGCGAUGCUUGCGGAAUUGCAUUCAACUGGUGUAGACUAUUCCAAAACAGGAAUACCGGUCAAUAUGGAGACGUUCAAGAAUAUCAGAACGAACAAAUAUCGACCUCACUUUCUUGCGCCCAGCGGGUUCACUUACAUCAAGGACAAAGCCCAAAUCGAGUUUGACAUGCCCACACGCCCACGUGAAGAUGAAGAGAAGGACGAAGAUGAUAAUCUUGGACCACAGUAUCUAUACUAUCGCUCUGAGAAGAUCAAUGGACUUCUCUAUGACGCUAUUGAUGAACGGAAGAUCUGGUAUGAGGACAUAAAGGGUAGCAGCAAGACUGACGGAGCGGUAUGGACCGACUUUCUGAACCAAAUGAAACGCCAAUGCAAGAUGCAGCUCGGAGCCGUUCAUUGGGAGCACUUGAGAGAUGAAGCAUUCAGCAUUCGUCACGCGUAA